UAAAAUCGGAACGGUUUCCCCAAUCUCCAUAUCGAAGAUCCCUGGCCGCCGCCGGGCACAUGGACGACCAGACGGCGCGCCUGCCCGACGACAUCUUCGCCGAGGUCCUCCGCCGCGUGCCUCCGCGGUGGCUGGCGGCGUCCCGCUGCGUGUGCAAGGCCUGGCGCGCCGCCAUCGACGGCCGCCGUCUCCUCCGCGCCGAUCUGCUCCCGCUCUCCGUCGGCGGCCUCUUCUUCCACUUCAACGAGCACCUCUACCCAGAGUUCCUCUCCCGCCCUCCCUCCUCCGCCGCCGCCGCCCCUGCUCCCGUCAGCGGCAGGCUCGACUUCCUCCGCCGCGCCAACCCCAAAUUCUCCGGCGACCCCGACAAAUUCGGCCACUGGUGGGACGACGAAGCCGUCGACCGCUACGACUACAAGAUCCACCAUCACUGCAACGGGCUGCUCCUUCUUUCCCAAUGGGUAGUCAACCCUGCCACUGGAUGGUGGACCCCUCUGCCCCCGAGCCCGGCAAAGGAAGAAGAAGAAGAAAACGACGGCGUGUGGCACCACCGGUUCCUGGUCUACGACCCGACGGUGUCGCCGCACUUCGAGGUGUUGAUGAUCCCAUGCUUGAAGGACGUCCUCAAUUUUGUAAAGGAGAACGAAGAGAAUUCGGGAUGGAAUGGCCGCCGUCUCCUUGCAAGAUGCAUGUGUUCUCGUCGAGGUCGCUGGGAGGAGAGGUCUUUCGUCCGGGAAGGGGACGCCGCCGAGACACUUGGCAAGCAGCUCGCGCACUUGCUCGGGUCAAACGGCGCCGCCGUCUAUCUCCGAGGAACCCUUUAUGUACAUUGCAUGUCUGAUUUUAUUAUGAGGAUUUCCUUGACUGAUAAUACGUAUCGUGUGAUUAAGACGCCGGUGGAUACUACAGGGGAGGAGGGCUAUAUACAACUUGAUAUGGGAAGAUCAGAAAAGGGACUGUACUUUGCAUGGAUUCGUGACGGCUGGCUUCGGGUUUGGAUCCUUAAGGAGUCGUGUACUGUGAGGCCGAAUGGAUUUUGAAGCAUGAAAAUGACCUCAGCCCCAUGCUACAGCCUUACUUUUCUGACCGCUACCGCUCGGUUCACGGUCAUGGUCCUUGGGUUUUAGAAAAUAUUAACUAUAACUUAUUCCGUUCUCCCCAUUCUCCUAAAGAUGAUAAGAAAACAAUAGUUCAAGAGAAUCUAGAACGGGAGCGGGACAAUGGCCAUGAUGGUGUCGAAACUGAAGACACGGUUGAAGAUUUCUUCUCGAAAGACAAUGAGAACCGGGAUACUGGUCAUGGUGUUGUUAGAAGUGAAGACAUGGUUGAAGAUCUCUACUCGGAAGAUAACGAGAAAGCAAUAGUUGUGGAAAAUGUCAAUUUGAACUUUAUCAAUGACGACACACUUGGAAAAGGAGACAUGGUUGAAGAUUGCUGCUUAUUGGAUGACAUCGAGAAAGCUAUAGUCCGAAAGAACUCUGAAUGGAACUCCAACAUUGAUAAUUCUCUUGACAAUGGAGAUCAUAAAGACAAAGAGUAUUCUUACUGGGAGACGGAGAUACUCGGGUUUCACCCAUAUAAAGAAAUUAUCUUCUUGAGCAAAUCAUUCCAAACAGGACUGGCCUAUCAUUUGAAUAGCUCGAAGAUGGAAGUCUUAGGAAACAUAUACCCCCGCGAGUAUGGAACUUUCAAAGAGCUGAUUAAUGAAAUGGAGAGCUUCCAAUCUUCAUUCGUGUACACGCCAUGCUGGAUCAAAGAGUUCCCUGAUAGUCAGUGAAGUUCAUCUUAGAUAUUCGAGCAACGGAAGAAACUGUUUCCACAUGAUGCUUGAGCCAUCUGUGUCUGUAUGUAUGCAGGACCAUU